UGACAGGAACUCUGAGAAGAGCGAGUCCAAGAGUUCAUUGGCUCCAAACAAUCCGUAUGCAGACCCAGUUGAUGCUCCUCCUGCCUACUCUGCGGUAGCUCCACCCGUUGCGAGCAGCAGCAAGGCGCCGCCGCCUCAAAUCACCGGGAAAGACGAUGAAUACGCCUUUCUGGCGUCCUUUGACACAAUCUUCCUCAUCGACGACUCUGGCUCCAUGCACGGCGCCAACUGGCGAGAAGUGUCAGAGGUUCUGCUCAAAAUCACGGAGAUUUGCACUGCUCGCGACGAGGAUGGCAUUGAUUUGUACUUUCUGAACCAUAGAUCGACAGAAUAUACCACGGAUGCGGGCAAGCCCAUGGGCGGUUACUACGGCAUCGACACUCCAGAAAAGGUUCACAUGGCCUUUCGGCAAGCCACCCCCGACGGUGGCACGCCUACUGGCCGGAGACUAGAAGACAUUCUCAAGCCAUACGUUGCGAGGCUUGACCCCAGCAAGACUCCGUACCAACAUUUUGAAAAGGUCAAGCCCAUCAACAUCAUUGUCAUCACGGACGGCAGUCCAUCAGACGACCCCGAGAGAAUCAUCUUGCAGUACGCCAGGAAACUUGACAUGUUCGACGCGCCGUCGCACCAAGUCGGCAUACAGUUUUUCCAAAUUGGAAACGACAAGCGCGCCUCGGCGGCGCUAAAAGAAUUGGAUGACGAGCUGGUGAAGCAGAAGGUCAGAGACAUGGUGGACACGGUGACCUGGGAUGGCAAGUCUUCUAAUAGCAGAAAGAACCUUACCGCCGAGGGUAUCCUAAAGGUUGUUCUGGGAGCCGUUGUUCGCCGCUGGGACAGGAAAGACCUUGGGCAAACCUGAUGAGAUCUUGGUUGAAGGACCUUUUUGGGAGAGUAUCCGAUUCGAUGACCGGAGACUACUGUGGCUGUCUGGCAGUAAUUCUCUGGUAUAAGAGAGCUGCAAAGAGGAUUUUUAUCAAGAUGAUUGUCUACAUGAGGGCUCAUUGGGCAAAUUGGCAAGCGAGGGAGCGGGUGUAAGAAGACUCUUUAGACAUUAGCAGCGCUGUUUACGCUUUGUUUAUGUAUCGAGGCAAAGUGGCUCGGUAAUAAAAGGACGAAAAAAUAUUUUGGCGUUAUGAUUCUUACUUGUAAUAACGGCUAGAUUUAAGCUGGCAAGAGACUUGGUCCCAAAGGGCA